AUGGCAUCAACAGCAAUUGGCGCAGCAAUCGGCGUCCUCUUCUUCUUCAUCAUUCUAACCCUCGGCGGCUACCUCGGCUACUCCUUCUGGAAAUCACGCCGCGAAGGCCGCCCAUUCCGACCCUUCAAUUUCGCAUUCUUCCGACGUUCAUCAUACGCAGCCCGUAGCCAUACGCCCCAUCACCACAACUUCUCCGCCCUCGACGUGGAUGAGGCAUGGGAUGCGCGGGUCGGGGAGGAAUAUGGGCUCGCGCAUCGUGAUGAGGAGAUGGAGUUGGAUAAUGCCGAGAUGGCGGGGAGGUAUGAGGAGUUUGCGAAUACGGGGGCUGGAAAGAAAGCGCAGAAUCCGUUCUCGGAUGAAGCGGAGGAUGCGGAUGGGAGGCCGAAGCAUAGUAGGAAUGAGAGUGGUGGGAGUAAGUUUACGGAGGAUAUGUGA